CACUUGCCCCCCCGCGAGUCCCGCCUCCCGCCGCGGCUGGUGCAGGCAGGGCGGCGCCGCCCGCAGGCGGGUCCCUCGCGCCCGCACCCCUCGUCCCGCGGGCCUAGCUGUGCUGAGCAGUGGGAGAGGCCCUCGAGGCGUGGGGUUGUGCCUGUUCCUAAAUCAGCGGUUCCCAGGCUGUGGGUCGCAACCCCAAAUGCAGCUGCAACAUGGGGAGGGGCUGUGGGUGGGGAGAUGGGGCCAGACGAGGGGUCAUGCUGAGGAAGAGUUUGGGAAGCUGUGUCCUGAACCCUCCAGGGGUCCUCAGGAGCAUCUCUCUAAGAGCUGUCAGUCUCUCUGCCUCUGCCUCUCUCUUCCUGUUCUUCUCAGAUGUCUGCCUUUAAAGCUGAUUGACUCCCUCCAGCAAGAUUUUUUGAUCUACAAAAAUGUCCUUUGUUCACAAUAUGAAGAAAAAAUACAAGAGCAUGCUUCAAAUCUUUGUAGACACAUAAAUGACAGGCUGAAAGACAUUGAAGAUUUUCAUAAAAAGAGAGAAGCCCAAAUUCGACAAAGCUAUCAGCAGCAGCUCUCUGAUGCACUUGCUGUUCCCAGAGUGGACUUUGAGAAACAUUACUUCAUAAAUGAAGAUGCAGACUCCUCAAUAGCAGAACACAUGCAGGUUUUAAUGAAUAAACUCUUGGAACGAGACUCUAAAAUUCAAUAUUUAGAAGCAGAAUUACAAGAAUAUCAAGAACAUGAAUGUGUAAAAAUGAUUAUCUUUGAAGAUGAUGACCAGGAAAAAAAAAUGCUUGAAAAAGAAAAUGAGGAUUUCAAGCAAGAGGUUUCUAGACUGUAUGAUAUGAUUUUGCAUCUUGAAAAUUCUCUGAAACUGAGUGAAAAAGAAAAUAAAAAAUUAGAUACGAAAGUUCGAGAUAUGCAAUUAAAAAUGGAAAAUGAUGAGAAAACUGUUAUAAAGUUAAUUACAGCUCAUGAAGAAAUGAAGAAGGAACUUCAAAAUGAGAAAUUACUAGUUAAGAGUCUGCAAUUCAAAGAAGCAAAGGAAGACAUUGAAACUGAAGUGGAAAUUAAAGUAACUAGUACAGAGACAAAGACUGCAGCAUUGCAAGUAGAAGAAAAAGACACAAAACAGCUGAAGGAAGUAGUGAGAAGUGAACGUGAAAAUAUAAUGUCUCUUGAGAAAAAAGAACUGCAAAAGAGAGAACCACAAAAAGGAGAAUCUCAAAAGGGGCUCAUAAGCAAGAAACCAAAGAAGACUCCUAGUGAAAAGAUAGUUGAAAAGGAAGAUGAAAAGAGAGCAUUGCUUGCUGAAAUUGAGAAGCUGAGAAAGUCUGAAGGUCGAGAGAGGCAACACAUAGAAAGUCUUAAAAAGGAAGUUGAACAUGUCAACCGAAGUUGGGCAAAGAAAUUUGAAAUUCUAAAGAAAAGCCUCCAUGCCAUUAAGAAUGAGAUGUUUCUUAGGCAAUCUCUACAGCGUCAGUCAGCAUCAUUUAACCAUGCAACCUUCAGUCAAACAGUUGCUGUUCCUCUGUGUACUGAAACUGGUUCAAGCGAAAUGAAGAUGGAUAGAGGUGGUUUAUAUGUGCCCUCACGUUUGCCACAGAUACCUUCCCAAUCAUCUACAGAGAGAAAAGAAAAGAAAGGAGGGGUUACAGAUGUUCAGAUUACAAUUGGAACAGAAAUGUACAAUUUGUAUGAAGAUGGAUCCAAAUGUCAAUUUUGAUUCUACCAGCAUUUCUAAGGCACAUCAUCAACCAUGACUAAGUUUUUCCCUAAGUAUAACUGAAAAACAAGGCUAGUCUUCCAAAGCUGUUCUACUCAUGCUGCUUUGAUGCUUUUCAGCGGUCCCAUUAUGAUGGAGCUAGUGAUAGCAUAUGUAGACACUUUGCUUCUGUUGCUGUACUGCUUCAAGGAACAAAGUAUUUUUACUCAGCAAGUGAAACUUCCACAAGAUUAUUAUUGUUUACUUGGGAAAAGGCUUCAGACAAAUUUUGAAAGUCACAAAGUUGCUGCUUAUCACCACAGAACAUUUGAUGUGCUUCAAAAACUACAAGAACCAUGGUGACAUUCAAAAGCAAGAUAGAAGAAAAUGUUGUUUUGCCGGACAACACUAUACUUCAAGGCCACUGCCAUGAACACAUUGAAAAUGUGCCCUUACAUAGAAAAAAAAUCACAAAUCCAGCUAUAUAAAAUGAAAUAAUGGAAAAUAUACCUCUUAAAAUUGUGAAAAAUAUUUCUGAGUAAAAUUUUGGAUAAUGAUGAUAAUUGAAAUAUUAUGAUAAUUAUGAUAAAUGAAAAAAACAGCUUCUCCAAAAAUAGAGUAAGUGUUUUUGUGACCAUGAUAUCUUGGUGACAUGGAUAUUCAUAAAUUACACGUUGGAUUAUGCAAUGUAGCUUUUACUUACCAGACGUAAUCAUAUCAAUAAGUGGAGCUAUAAUAGAACAUUGAAAUGUAAGCAUUGACAGCUAUUGCAGAUAUACUAUGAAGAUCACUAAUAGGUAAAGGUUAGUAUCAGGGGCUGUGUUUACAUGAGAUACUGACUGCACAGUUGUUACUGUGCAGUCAUUUAGUACUUGCAUAACCAAGUACUAAAUAACUGCGCAGUAACCGGCAGUAGCAUCCCUGCAUGGCUUCGAGGAGACGCUAUCUGCGCAGUAGCUUGUUACGACUGCGCUGUAGCAUCACAUCACAGUUCAUACCCUACAAUGCUACUGUGCAGUAUGAAUGAGCUAUUGCACAGCAGUAAUGAGGUACUGCACAGUAAACAUGUGGUGUUGACAUGGCCAGGCACAGCAGUCAAUCUGUAGCGAAAGUAACCACCAACAGCAACUACAUUUUGCUAUGAACAUACUUUACAUUUCACAGUACCUUAUGAAAAGGUACUAACAGAUACUCCUGCUUUUGCUUACAAAAAGGCAACAUUAAUUUGAAAAUCAGAUUAACAAAAUGCCAUAUUUCUGGGCAUAAAAUAUGGGGUUUUAAGUACAUUACUAGGCACCUGUAUCUGUCCAACAAGAUGGACCCUCAAUGCAGAUGCAUUGGCAUCCAUUUCUGAGAGCUUACUUGUGCACUGGGAAACUUGCGAGGUUGUAAAUGAUGCAGCAGAAGAUCUUGAUAUAGAUCAGCUGAAUUGGGAUAUAGCAGCUCAGAUGAAAAGUUUAACUUUCUCUUUGGUACUGCAGGAAGCUAAAGUGUUAACCACAGCCUGUCUGUAGGAGGUGGAUAUUUCAGUAACAGUAACUUUUUCAGCAAACAUCUCUUAUAAUAAAGACAAUUUAGUCUAUCCAAUACAAUGAAAACUUCUACUUUAUUCUGGUAGCUAAUCUACUAGAAAAGUUUAAAAUUGGAGAAUGUCAAAAAGCCUGAGCUUCCAAGGAUGAAAAAGUUCCCAAGAAAAUGUAAAUAGGGGACACCUAGAUUCAUCAAAGGAGUUGCAUAAGUACAUCUACUGGAAGGAAUUGAUUUAUGGUGGCCAAUAUUCAGCCAAAAUUUGAAGAGACUCCAAAACUUCCCAAAAAUCUUUACACGUCCAUAACAACUGCAGACAUAAUAGAAAUGUAAUUUCAAGAUACGUCUUGGGUUUAUGGUUUCAAUUUCAUUCAUGACCAACUGAUUAUUAACCUUUAUUAAUUGCAAGUAAAGUGUCAUCUUAAUAGAAAGAAUGUUUGAAGCCCGUUCAUAAAUACUUCUCUUCACUCAGCCAAACUGAAUGUCAGAUGUUCUCCAAAGUGAUGAAAUUGAUAACAACUACUUUGGUGGCACUGACAGCCAUUGCUGUACGUGAGAGUAGUUGUAAUUAUACAUGGCUUUAAUGCACAAUGGAAAAAUCAUGUGUAGGAUUUUAUAAGAACACAAGAGCAAAACUGAUUACUGACGGCUGACAUAUUUGGAAGAAUUCACAGUAAGACAUCCAAAGCGAAGAACGUGAUUUGUAACUUUCUGAGAUCUGAAAAACUAACUCUUCAGGUUUUAAAAAGUAGUUCUUUAACAAGUACAUUUUUGCCCUGACUAAAUUUGGUAACUUUUAGCAAAAUUAGAUAAAAAAGCCUCUGUCUCAAAUGCAUUUUUCUUUUAUUUACUAUUGCAGUCCCUAAAGUUCAGGGAGCAAAAGUCAUUUCAAUCCCCCAAUUUUACAGUUGAAGUCUAAUUAAAAAUACAAGUGGUUUUCAAUGUAAUUAAGCACUGCCUUUCAUAAAUAAGCACAAGUGCUUUAUUUGACUAUAAAGACUGGUUUAAAAUUUAGGCGUUGAAAAAUCAGGAAAAAUUAUUAUAAUUAUUACAGUGGAGUCUGACCUCUUGUAUAAUGCAAUCAAAUAAUUAAUAAACACUCAUUUUGCAGUGUUGCUGUGCUUGGUUACAGCUUAAAAGUUCUGCCCCACCAGUGACUGUAUUCCAGUUUUUAGAGUAAUGACUAAUUUAUCUCUUAACUAUUGUACAGUAAGAUGAAGAGCACUGCAUAAUUGAAUGUACAGUAUAGUGAAUAACAACAUUAAACAAUUUAAGGAGAAAUUUCAGAACUAUUAAAUUAUCUCAGCUACAAAGCAUCAAUCACAAAAAAAGGAAAUAUAACUAUGCCAGAAAGACAGCUAUUACCAAGAAAUAGCCUAUUUGAAAUCUCUUGUUUCUGUUAUGAAAGUAAAUUGAUACAUCAAAACAAAAAAAGAUGUUGCACCAAGGAAUUACCGUGAAAAAACUGUUGACUUCAAUAGUAUCUAAAGCUUAACUAUAAUUUCAUCAUAUGUAAUUGGAAGCAUUCCUAUUGUACAGAUGCAAAAUUAAAAUCAUCAUGAUCUACAGCAUGAAACAUGUUUUUCAUUAAAAUGUAUAUUUUAGAAUGUUCUGCACAUUUUUCUGCAAAUUAAUAGUUCUAAAAUUAGGAUGAUUUCCAAUUCGGGUUGACUCUUCAAGAGAAAAGACAGGUAAUUUUAGGCAGACACACACAUAGACAAUCACAUAUUUAUUCUUUUUUUAUCACUAGUUCACCCUUUUCUAUCUGUGGAGCCAUGCUCUGUGUGCCUGAUUCCACAGCCACUACAAAGUUUCUAUUGGUUUUGGUGGUGCACGAUUCAGUCCUUUUGUAUUGAUCUCCACCCACUUGUUACCUUUCAGCACCAUAAACACUGCACAUAGUUCAUGCAUUCUGUCAGCAAAGUAGACCCUCCUAGCAAGAAUGGUACUUGGUAACAACCUAUCCAGGCUUCAAAAGCCAGUAUUCCACAUCAUUCAUAAUUAGUGAUGGACUUUCAUUCAUGUUUCAGGGAUCUCUCUCUUUUAUAGGACUAUUCUGCGUGAGUAAGAUCCAUAGGGCCAUAUCCAGAAAUUUAAAUUAAUUGUCGUCACUAAGUAAUUUUUUCUAGAGAAUGACCCAUGAAGACAGGGGUGCUCAACCCCCAGCCCACAGAGUCAUGUGAUCCAGCCCUCAGGGCUUCCCAUAGGUCUGGAAAUUUGGUGAGGGGAGUGUUGGCAAUUAAUGCUGCUACCAUUCCCCCACUGCUAGAUUUCCAAGCCCCACAGGCCAGAUAACUAGAUUCCACUAGCAUACAGGGAGUUGGGACCAAGACAGCAGGGCCCAGUCCAAUGCACAUGGGGCUGGAUCUGAGGCUAGGACUGGAGAUGCAGGACUGAUCCUGCAUGCACAGGGUUGGGGCUAGGGCAGUAGGGAUCCAAUUAGGUACACAUAGGGACAAGGCUGGAGCAGAGGGCCCUAAUGUGGCAUGCCAGGGCUGGGACUGGGGUGGCAGGCCUGAUCCAGCAUAGUGCUGGGGCUGGGGCCACAUCUGCAAUAUAGUGUGCAGGAUUGGGCCCACAGAAUGGAUCUGGCCGAUAAGCCAAUCCCACACCACUCAUCUGGCCAAUGGGGCCAAAAGAACUGCUUGGGCACUACCGCAUUAAGAUAACUGUAAAGUCAGUGUGACCAGUGCUGCAUUGGUUUGGCAGCUUGGACUUCAGUCAGAUGAAUAAUGUAACUGCUCUCAGAGACUAAUAUUUUGAUAUUUGGAAAAUGAAGAAGCAAUAAUGUUCUAACAAUUAUGCUUUAAUCUAACAAUAAGAUAGUAAAUAUCUAUAUUGAACAAGAAUACACCAAAGGAAUAGAUAUAUGAGAAGAUUUUUUGAUUUCAAAAGCAUUAAAGCUCUGCAUUAUGGACAUUAUAUUUAAAUAAACUAGAUCAUUAGAUAAAUUUGCAGUAGUAAGUAUAGUGAAAGAGAAUAUUUGUCAGCAUUUAAAAGUUUGCAUAAGCAGGGAUAAGACAUUCAUAAGUAAAAUUUGCAAGGAUAUUUUUUCUAUGUCUUGUUUAACAGUGAUAAAAUUGGGUAGCUAAGAACAUCUUUACCUUCCAUUGUAUGACAUGUACUGGAGUUGAUUUUAUGUACUCAAGAAGACUUUUCUCACAGUCUGGUAUUUGGAUACUAUUGACUUUGUAAUCUCUGGACACAUUCUUAAUGAGUAGAAAAGACAUGAAUCUCAAAGAUAAAAACUCAGAAUAACAGUGAUUCUUUAGGACUUGUCAGCAAGAGAAAGCGCAAACAUAAAUAUCUGAUUUACAGAAGCAACACAAAUUAUUCUGCUAGAUUACAUUGUUUGUUUCUGUUUCAAAUUACUCUGUCAAUCCAGGAUGAAGGGGUUAAGAGGUCAGUUUAAAAAGUGGUUGAAAGGGCAAGGAAUUUUUCAUAAAUUUCAAAUCUAUAUUUGUAAAAGUAUUUUAGAUACAUAAAACCACUGUUUCCCUGUCCGAAUAAAAGACUUAUCCUGUUUC